AGAAAUUAAUUUUUUAUAUUAUAUUAAAUGUUAUAUUAAAAAAAAAAAUGCAAUAUCAAAAUCCAUUUAAUUAUAAUUAUAAUAAUAGUAAUAAUAAUAAUAAUAAUAAUUUAUUAAAACAUUCACAAUCACAAUUUAUAAAUUAUGAAAAUAAAGAAAACCAAUGUCUUACACCCGUUAGAAGUAAUAGCAAUGGAUCAAUAAAUACAAAUAUUGAAAAAACACCAUUAUCACCAUUAUCACCAAACGAUAAAAUGGUAUUAUCACCAAAUGAAAAAAUGGUAUUAUCACCAAAACAACAACAUCAUAUUCGAGUUAAUAAAUCACCAUUAUCCCCAAAGUUACGAAGAUCACCAAAAUCACCAAAGUCACCAAAAUCACCUAAAUCACCAAGUGGAGAUGAUAAAAUGGUAUUAUCUCCUCCAAAAAAUCAUUUUAAUCCAACACCAACUGUACCAAUAGCAAACAUAUAUAACCAUGGUUUAAUGGGUCCACCAACAAUGCCAAUAAAAAGACCAACUAGUAAUUUAUUUGAAUAUGUAUCUAGACAAACUACUGCUCAAAGUCAAAAUAAUUCAAUUAUUUUAAAUAAUAGUAAUAUAAAUGAUAAUGAAAAUAAUAAUAUAGAUUGUGAGGCACAAAGCGCAGCUACAACCUCUACAACAAAAAAUGAUACAUUCAUACCACCUGCAUUACCAACAUUUUCAUCUUCAUCAUCAUUAUCAUCAAGUUCAUCAUCAACAUUUAAUUUUCCAGUACCACAACAAAGAAAUAAAACAUUAAAUAGAAAUAGUAUUCAAAUUAUUAAAAACUUUUCCAAGAAUGGUGAAACUCAAGAGGAUCAAUUCCAAACUAGAAAAAGAGAGGACAGAAAGAGUAGCCAGUUAUUAAGACAAAGUAGUAAAAGAGAUAUGUUAAUACAUAAUUCUAGAAUCCAAAAUUUAAAUAACCAAGCUCAACAACAACAGCAACAACAAAAAUCACCACCAAAAUUAACAGCAGAACAGCAAUUAAUCAUCGAGCAAGAGAAUAAAAUUAGAGCUAAAAAGAGAAUUGAAUCAAUUAAAGAAGUCUAUUCAUCAGAGGCUACUUAUAUGGGACAUUUAAAUAAUAUUAUUGAUAAUUAUUUAUUACCUCUCCGUAGAGAAAAUACUGCUCCAGAAGAAGUAAAGUUUAUAGUUUCCAUCUUUUCAAAUAUCGAAAGUAUCAGAGAAGUUAAUAAAAUAAUUUUAGAUAGAUUCAAGGAUCGUAUUGUCACCAGUGGCCAAUUAAAUGAAAAUACCAUCAUUUCUGAUCUCCUUUUUCAAAUGCUACCAUUGCUCACAAACUAUACCGAAUACUAUGUCAACUAUUAUAGAUCUCUUCAUAACAUUGACUCUUGGUUCAAUAGAUGUAAAAAAUUCAAAAAGUUUUUAGAAGACCCAAUGAUUUUAAAGUCAUUGCUCAUUAUGCCAUGCCAACGUAUUCCAAGAUAUUCUCUUUUGAUUGAUUCAAUUAUUCGUUUCACUUUGCCAUCUCAUCCAGACUAUGAAAACUUAAAGGUAGCUUUAGAAAAAAUGAAAUUAUUAACCGAAAUUAUCAAUGAAAAAGUUAGAGAGUCGGAAAGCUUACAAAAAAUUACAAAUAUUAGAUAUAAAUUUAAUGACCAAGUUGGAUUUUUAGAUGAGGUUCAUAGAAGAUUAAUUAAAGAUAGUAAUAGUACACUUCAAUUACAACCAUUUAAAAGCAUUCAUAUGUAUAAUAAUAUAAAUAGUAUCUACAAUAGUAAUGACACCAAUAGUAACAGUAAUAAGGAAGAGGAAGAUUUAACUGACGAAGAAGAAUACAGCGCAUUAAACUCUUCAUUUAAAAAAUCAUUAUCAUCGGCAAACUUAAAGAAAACCUUUAGUAAAAAACUUACAACAUUAAUACCAAGCGAUUGUGUAUUAUAUUUAUUUAAUGAUACAUUAUUAUUAGGUACUAUAAAAUAUAAUAACUUAAAUAGCCAAUUAAAUACAAGCAGCAAUAUUAUAAAUAGUGAUAGUAGUAAUAGCAAUAGCAAUAUGAAUAAUAAUAGUAAUAAUGAAAGCAAUAUUAAUAAUAACAACAACCCAAACAAUUGUAAAUAUAAUGUAGUAUUAAAAGCAAACCUAAUUGAAACUUUUGUAAAAGAUUAUCCAAUUUUAGCACCAAAUAUUUUUUCGAUUCAUCACAAUAGUGGUACUUGGUUAAUCUCUGCUCAGAAUAAAGAACAACGUGAAGAGUGGGUCAAAGACAUCAAUGAUACAAUUGAUAAGUUAAUUCAUUCCGAUACCGAGUUAGAAAUUAGAAGAGGCAAAAUCGCAUUAAAAGGCAGUGAUGACUAUGGUUGGUAUGCCUUUGACUCUGAGUCCCCAGCCAAUCAAGAUUCAACUUUAAUCUCUAGAUCUCUUCAAGAAUUAGAAAAGAAUGAAAUUUUUACACCCAAAAAACGUAAAUCAUCAAUAGUAUCAAAUCUUAAAGCUAGAUUUAGCGCAUUGUCACCACACAAGAACCAAAAUGUUAAAAGAAACUCUUCAUUCGUUUUAAAUUCAUUAUAUGAUAAUGAAUAAAAAUUUUUGAUAAUAAUAAUAACAACAACCACAUUAUUGAUUAAUAAUAACUAAUUAAUAAUGAAUAAUAAUAACCAACAUAAUAAUAAUUUUAUAAUAACUAAGAUUUAUAAUUAAUUUUAUUAAAUAAUUUAAUUAUUAUAACCAAUUACUAUAAUUAAUAUUUAUAUCUAUUCUUUGCCUAUCUAUUUAUUUAAAAUAACAUUAUAAAAACUAAAAAUAAAAAAUUUACUGAAUAAAAUAAAUAAAAGAUUUUAUUAUUAAAGUUAU